AGGUGACCUAAUUUCGUCACGUGACCAUCAAUGCUUGAUGCACGAUGGGAAGGGUGUUUUCCCGCCACCGUCGGUGUAUUUAAGAGUCGACAUAAAUCCCAAGAAUUCUCACCUUACCAGUUCUUAACAGUUAAGGAAGACAUCAAAAGUACGCCUGGUAUUGAGGUAAGCUUGUUGUCUGCAGCCAGCAGCAGACGAACAAGAAGCGAUGUCUUCGCACAAGCGAGACCAGUCUGUGACGCGAAAAACGGCCCCAAAAUCCGAUUUCACGGUAGUGAAAGAACAAGCAAGUUCCUCUUCAGCAGCCGCUGCCAUGACCCAGAAGUCAGGACACCAGGAGCCAGCGAAGGGGAAGACUCAUGAGAGAGAAGCUAAGACCAAAGCCUCUAUCAAAGAGGCAGCAGCCCGCAGAAGGCAGAACAAGGGAGAGGCGGAGGGCGUGACCUUAGACCAGCUCAGGAAGAUGUCCGAGUUCUCGCUGGUCAAGCGCUUUGCCCAGUUUGUCCAGGAGGUGUCCUGUCGCACCAACACCGUGCGGCACGUCUACUCCUGCCAGCUGAUCCCGUCGCGGUGCCAGGCGGCGUUCGAGGACGCCGGCACCAACGACGGGCGGGAUCAGAUCAAGAGGCAUUUACUGAGUCACGUUGGUGAACUGUUGCAGGAGUGUGCUAGUGAACCAGAAAAAGUGAAGAAGAUGACUUUUCAUCCAGUUGGAAGUUCCACCUACAAGAAGAAAAAAGCUGAUGAUGCAUCUCUUGAGACAGAUGAGAGUUACGUUCCCACAGCUAAGAGAACAAGAUCAGGCACAGCGUUGGCCCGGCGACAGUCUGCUGACAUCAUCAAGCCUGAAGCUACCACAACUGAUGGAACAGUGGAGGUCGAGCACAGUACAUGCAUGGUCCCAGUCACGACUGUGGUGGACAACCUGGCGCUGCCCGACCCCCAGCUCCUGAACCACUCCAGCUUCACCAUGAUCAAAACAACUCAGGACUCGGAGGAAAUCCUGCUGGUUCCCAAGGGGCAGCUCAUCCCCCUGUCUCCCCUCAUCAAACAGGACGAUCCCAACGUUUCUGCAGAAGGAAAGUCUCCACAGAAACAUGUUCCCAACAUCCUGAGGAGAAACCGCAAACAAACAUUCAACAACAUUCUGACCGAUGGGGAGAUCCCCACCUCCAACAUCAUCGAACAAGGCAGUUCACAACCACAGACCCCUCCUCACUCUCAGGAGAGACCUGCCAAGAGGUCGCCUGUCAAGUCUCCAUCCAAGCGGGCAGCUAAGAUCCUGGAGAGCAUGGCCAACCGAGGGAGCAUGACCACCCGGUCCAGCAAGCUGCAGCCUCACCACGAUCACAACUACACCAGCCCGUCCGGGGCGGCGUCGAACCAGACCACCACCACCACAACGGCACCGACGACGUUGGACGGCAAUGCCAACCUGAAGCUGCUGUCUCAGCUUGCUGUCCAGCAGAGCGCUGAAGUGAAUGGAGAAGGUGAACAGGAAGAGGAAGAGGAGGAUGGGUCUGAUACAGAGGAGGAGGAGGAGGAAGAAGAUGUUAAGCCGAACCCUUAUCUGUACGGAGUCAUCCUGGAGGGCGACGCUCUGGUGGGGAAGCAGCCGUCGCCACGGAAACCGGGAGCCAGAGGUCAGCUGAAGAAGGGUGUGAAGAAGAUGCCCGUCUCCAAGGCAAAGCUGGCAGAUAACCAGGAGGCAGGAGAGGAUCCGGAGCAGAAGAAAACGAGGCAAAAGGCUCUGGACUUGUUGAAUCAACUUAAGAGGAAGAAGUUGCCCCGCCCGGAGGAUGUGUAUGUGCCCUUCAUUUGUGACAUCUGCGGGAAGCAUUAUACAGCCUCGGCCACCCUCAUCAGCCACCUCAGGAGCCACGCAGGUAUCAAGCCCUACAGUUGUAAACUUUGCAAGGCCACGUUUACCCGGCUGCAUAGUUUGAAUUACCACAUGAUGAUGCACAACAACCAGAGUCGCUUCACCUGUGAACACUGUGGUCGCAAGUUUCGCCACCCCAGCCACUUCAAGGAACAUUUGCGCCGACACACCGGCGAGUCCCCGUUCGCCUGCUGCGACUGUCCGCGCAGAUUCAAGACCAGGAACACCUACAAGAGACACCUGAGGUCCAAGCACGGCAAGAUCCUCACAGUCAGCGGGAUCAUUCCUAUGAGAGUGGAUGUCGCAUAGGGCAACUGUUCUUCAGGUCAAAGGCAUAGACAAAGUAUCAUUCUUCAGGUAGCUGAUUGAAAGACAUGGUCUUCAUUGUCCUGGGAUUUUUCUAUCAACAAUACAUGACUGCCCUAAAAGAUGAAACAACUUGAAUGAUAACUUAUAAAGUUUUUUUGGGGGGGGGGGCAGUUUUAUAUGUAAAGCAAUGAAAGCAUAAUUGAAAUUACAAGCUGUGCAAUGUGUCACCAGGAUACCUGAAAUAUAUGAGACUGGCUUAAAGCAAAUCUGGGGUUAGACAAGUCCAAUAGUCUGAGUAAAAAAGUAAAAAGUUUGUUCGGGCAAGUAAAUCUUUUAUGUUCUUGCCUGAUAGGACAAGUGAAUUUUAGAAAACUUGUCCUACCCUGAAAUCUACUGACAGGCACAAUAGAUCUCAUCAAGUUGUGCAUACUGUACAUGGACAAGAUUUCACUGAUGUGAAAAUGUUAAAGUAUUGUCUAUUGAGUGUUGUGGUGUCUCUUGGCAUGCUAUUUCCUCAUGGAAGUUUCCCUGUAGCAGGUCAGUAUCAUCAUCAUGGAUGCCAAAAGCUUGAGUCCCUUUGCACAUGUAAUUGGUUCAUGUUCCUUGUAGGUCCUACAGAUCAGGUAUUUUGCAAAGGACUUUGAACUUUUGAAAUCUCCCAGUUUUAGAUGCACCAGUAGAUAAGACUCACCAGUACUCAUCUAAUAGGCUAUGAUCUGACGUAAAGAAAGUAUUCAAUAGACUGCAGUCCGUUCAUGAAAAGACGAUCUGCAAGCAGAGAAUAUAACCAGAUGAUGGCAGGGAUAAUCUGAUCUUUGUGUAUGGAGAAGUAAUGGCUGAGAAGUAAUUGCUAAAUUAACCUCAUGUACCUUCAAGGUGUUAUGUAGGCUAGUCAGAAGAACGUUAGACUGAGAACUUUAAGAACAGUAAGAAGUAAUCAAAAUGAGUUAUGAUUUAUCAUGUCAAAAAAAACAUGGCAAUAAGACAAACAUAUUUUUGAGGAACAAACUAUUUUUAUACUGAAAGUGAUGCAGAGCAAGGAGGGAGUUGUGAAGAUUAGGCAGCUAAAAGGGACGAGUCUAUUACAGAGAAAUGAUACUGUAAUAAUAGUGGCGUGGUCUGUUUCUUGACAUGCUAAGAAUUUGGAAGUGGCACUUGUAGACAGUGCACAAACGAUGGUAAUGUGGUUGGUGUACAGGGCGAUCAAUGUGAAUUUAGAUUCAAACAUUAUGAGAUUGAGGAUUGCAAAUGUUUAUCAUAAACAACUGAACCAUGUAAAUAUUUACAUUGUGUGUGAUGUUAGUAGACAGUUGUACAUAGGCAUGAAAGUAUAUAGCUAUAUCGUGAAAAAUUCUGUGUUGAUUGUUUGCAUGGAUAAAUUAAUGCCAACAGUGUAAUGCUGUGUUUGUAGGUUCAUUCUGUAUAAUUCAGUAUCAUUCUUUUGCACAUGGAGAUGUGAUCUACAGCAGAUGUAGACCGUUAUAAAACUUUGACAUGGACCAAACUGUCUUCAUUGGAAGGCAUUUUUUAAGGACAUUGUCUUAUGCUGUAGGUUUACAUUUAGAAAUAUUUAUGGAAGUUCUGUUGAAGAAAGAAUUGCGUUGCAAGGUGAAGAAAAAGCCCACAAGACAACAUCAAUACAUGACUGCAAUGUAAUUUUAUAUUAUUAUUAGUUAUCUCCAAAAAAGCAUGCUUUUCCUCGUGUACUGGAACACUAUUCAGUGUGAAACAUUGUCUGAUGCCUUGGUCUUCUAGGUCCUAGUAACACUUAAGUAUGAAAUAAAUAAAAAAUGCUCUUUUGUUUUAACACUAAGAGAAGUAUGAAAUGCAAAACGGGACCUAGCAGGCAAGACUCACAUUUCAGGUAUAAAUUUAUACACAGUAAUACUUGAAGUUGGAACGAUUUUAUCUAGAUGUACAUAGUUUUUGUGACAUUCAAUUUCCUUAGCUUGGAUUAUUGUAAGUAGACUGCUGAAGGCAUGUCAUAUCAGCCCUGUAGAGUUGGCGCAAGAUAUAAAUUGACAGUCAUUUAAAAUGACA